AUGGCAGUCAAGGCUCCCUGGUUCGGAUUCUUGCUUCUGGUUUCCCUCUGGGGAAUGUCAGCUCCAGCCUUGCUUCUCAGGCGCCUGAGAGAACACAUUCAGAGAUUUCAAGAGAGCUCUGGCCUCAAUCCGGGCUUUGGUCUAAGCCAGGGUCUUGUAGCUGUCCCCAAACAAGGGUGGUUAGAGCAACCACUGGAUCCCUUUAACACCUCUGACAGCCGAACCUUCCUGCAGAGGUACUGGGUGAAUGAUCAACACAGAGCCAGCCGAGAUGCACCGGUAUUUCUGCACAUAGGGGGUGAGGGCAGCCUCGGGCCUGGCUCAGUGAUGGCCGGGCAUCCUGUAGCGCUGGCCCCUGCCUGGGGGGCCCUGGUGAUAAGCCUGGAACACAGAUUCUAUGGUCUGAGCGUUCCUGCUGGGGGCCUGGAAAUGGCCCAGCUUCGCUUCUUGUCCAGCCGCCAUGCGUUGGCUGACGUGGCGUCCGCGCGCCAGGCGCUCUCGCGCCUCCUCAACGUGUCCUCCUCCAGCCCCUGGAUCUGCUUCGGAGGCUCCUACGCUGGCUCGCUGGCGGCUUGGACACGGUUGAAGUUCCCCCACCUCGUCUUCGCCGCCGUCGCCUCCUCCGCACCGCUGAGCGCGGUGCUGGACUUCUACGCCUACAACGAGGUGGUGGCCAGAAGCUUGACGCAAGUUGCGAUAGGCGGAUCUUUGGAGUGCCUGGCGGCGGCCUCCGAAGCCUUCGCAGAGGUGGAGCGGCUGCUGCGCGCAGGUCCCGCAGCACGGGCCGUGCUGAAGGAGGAGCUGAGCGCCUGCGGGUCCCUGGACCUGGCUGAAGACCAGGGGGAGUUGCUGGGCGCGUUGCAGGCGCUGGUGGGAGGCACGGUGCAGUACGACGGGCAGGCGGGAGCGCCGCUCAGCGUGCGCCAGCUCUGCGGACUCCUCCUCGGGGUCUCCGGCAACCGCAGUCACUCCACGCCCUACCUCGGCCUUCGCCGGGCGGUGCAGAUAGUCUUGCGCAGCAUCGGCCAGAGGUGUUUAAGCUUUUCCCGGGCAGAGACAGUGGCACAGCUGAGAACCACCGAACCUCAAGUGUCUGGUGUGGGGGACCGGCAGUGGUUGUACCAGACUUGCACUGAGUUUGGCUUCUAUGUCACCUGUGAGGGUCCUCGGUGUCCCUUUUCCCAGCUCCCAGCACUGCCCUUCCAGCUCGCUCUGUGUGAACAAGUGUUUGGUCUCUCAGCUGCAUCUGUCACUGAGGCUGUGGCCCAGACAAACUCCUAUUAUGGUGGCCAGACUCCCGGAGCCACCCAAGUACUGUAUGUGAAUGGGGACACGGAUCCCUGGCAUGUGCUGAGUGUAACACAGGACUUGGGACCCUCUGAGCCAGCCCUUCUAAUCCCCAGUGCCUCCCACUGCUUUGAUAUGGCACCUAGGAGGCCUUCAGACUCUCCCAGCCUACGCCUGGGGCGCCAGAGAAUCUUCCAGCAGUUACAGGUCUGGCUUAAAGAUACAAAGAAGAGCCAGAAUUGA